CUCUUGACGAUCGUCGUGCUGAUUCUACUGGACCCGACCUAUGUGACAGCAUAUAUCUCAGUAAACUAUGAGAUCGUACUUAUCUACAUCGUCUCUGCCCUUACACUUCUCUACUGUAUUGUCUCCGUCAUCAUGUACUUCUUACUGGCCAAACGAGGAGAAGAAACUCCACUCACCAACUGCUCACUUUCGGAAGUCAUCUUCUCCACAGCCGGUAUUAUGGGAUGGCUGAUCAUCAUUGGUAUUGGUGGCACCAUCUCUCAACGUACCAUCAUUGAAACAGGAGAGCGUUUCGGAUGGAUUGGAGCGCUUGCUGGAAUUAACACCGGAUGUUUCCUCGGAAUCGCUGCAUUGUUCACAAUGAAUCUGAUCAACGACAAAAUCCUGGCCACUGGACGAUUGAGGAAGUACGAAAAGGGCUAUCCUCAGUAA